GUUUAAGCAAGUAGAUCCUGUGAAAGAGUUUUUAUUCGCCGUUUACGUUCCAUUUUUAAAGGAUUAAAGUGUAAAAAUGGCAUCAACCUCAAAUAAUUCCGGGGUCGAUUACGCUAAAUAUGACUUUCCACGUGAAAUUUGGUUCGUUAAACCAACAAAUGAAAUUGUAUGCAAAUUACUAGUUUUGGUGCCAAUUAUAUUUUGCGGUGUUGCUAUGAAUGUUUUACUAUUGAAUAUUAUUAUCAAAAAUCGUGCAUUGCACACGCCAACGAAUUACAUUCUAUCGAAUAUGAUAGUGGCCGAUACAUUAAUGCUACUCGUUUCACCGGUGCUAUUAAUAUGCUUUGAUUUAUUUCAAAAUUUCAUCCUCGGGCCGAUUGGAUGCAAAAUUGGCGCUUUUAUACAAGUUACAUUCCUGCUAACAUCUGUAUUAAGUCUGUGCGUAGUUAGUUAUGAUCGUUUAACAGCCAUCGUGUUGCCAAUGGAAAAGCGUAUAACAAUGCGUGGUGCUAAGAUGACCAUGCUUUUUACAUGGAUGGUGGGCUUAACAACUUCAAUUCCUUUUGCGGUUUACCGUAAUUAUAUGGAGCGAAAAUGGAAAAAUUUUGUUGAACAAUUUUGCGUUGAGAAUAUGAUAAUCCUGCCCAUUUACUGGCACAUUAUUUUAAUUCUGUUGGUGUUAUGUCCUCUCAUUGUGAUGAUAAUAUGUUAUUCAGCAAUUUUUUGGAAGCUGGAUCGAUAUGAACAAAAAGUGUUAAAGCACGAGAAUUCAAUUACCAUUUCGUAUAAAACAAAAGUUGCCCGAAUGCUGUUCAUUCUUGUGAGUGUAUUUAUUCUAUUGCACAUUCCGUUUACGGUGUUUAUGUUUAAGCGAUCAAAAUUACUGGAAAAAUCCGAAAUGAAUCAAGUGGAUGAUGAUGGUGGUAUAUUCUAUAUUCUAUUUUGUUUUUCAUAUUGUUGUUUGUAUUUGAAUGCGGCUAUAAAUCCCAUUAUUUAUGGCCUGACCAAUGACAAUUUCCGUCGUGCCUAUCAUCAAACACCAAUCAUACCGAGGCAAUUAUGCCGUUUGCUGCAUGCAAUCAAACAACUGAAAUCGAACAAGACACAUUCUGUAGAAAAACCAAAUAUCGAUGUACAACCCAUUAUUUAUCGUCUAACUCAAGAAACUGUGCUAAAUCCCACUUCAAUUAAGUCAGCAACACAUUCAUCGCAAGCAACGGUCACGCCAAACAUCAACGACAAUGAUUCAAGUGCCAACAUUGAUAUUGCUUACGUUACAGACACCACCACUGUUGCCGCUGCUGUUGCUGUUGCCGUUGCCAUUAUCGACAACAUCAACAAUAACAACAAGGCGAAAUGAAUCAUCAUUUCAUUUCCUAAUUUGCCCACUUACUUGACAAUUGACCAAUUGCCAGUGCGACAAUUGAAAUGAUUUUUUCUUUUCACCCGUAAAAAGUGGUGCAAUGGGAUGAAGUG